AUGGGGGAGAUAGAAAGCUUGGACCUCUCCCACAAUGAGCUGAGUGGACCAAUACCUUGGCAGUUAACCCAGCUAUCUUCUUUGGGGGUGUUCUCUGUGGCAUACAACAACUUGUCAGGAUGCAUACCAAACUCUGGUCAGCUCAGCUCAUUCGGCAGGGUCGACAGCUACCUUGCUAACACCAACCUUCACCAGAUUACACAAGGGAACAUGUGUGCUGCGCCCGAUCCUGUGGCGCAGGAAGAUGUGGGAGAGACACCUAGUGACCCAGUCCUGUAUGCUGUCACGGCUGCCUCGUUCAUAUUGGCAUUUUGGGCCAUUGUUGCGUUCUCAUUUUAUCAUCCAUACGGGAGGUCUGUAAUGCUCAAGCUGUAG